CGGGCCGGGAUCCCGGCAGCCAAUCGGAGGACGCCUAUGAUUCCACGGUCGCCGAGGAGGCUGGCGCUAGGCGUUGAGGCGGCGACGGCGGGAGUCGCUGCUGAGGCGGUCGCUGACUCGGGUUGCGGCAGCGCAGCUCCGCGGGGCCGGGCCGGGUCGGCAGGCGCUGGCGUCUGGCGGUGGGGUCGGGCUCCCGGGACGGGCGAGAUGGCCCCGACCUAGGGCGGAGGGAGAAGCGGUUGAGCCCAGGAUGCUGAGGAGACAGCGCGGCGGCUCCCCGCUCAUCCCAGAUGUUGAUCAACUUUCUGCAGUAAACUCUCCAUGGCCUGAACAUUCUUUGAAAAUCAUUUAGAGGAAAACAUCUACUUAAUAACAGGAUUACCUUAUCAAGAUGGUUGGAAAACUGAAGCAGAACUUACUAUUGGCUUGUCUGGUGAUUAGUUCUGUGACUGUGUUUUACUUGGGCCAGCAUGCCAUGGAAUGUCAUCACCGAAUAGAGGAACGUAGCCUGCCAGUCAUAUUGGAGAGCACAAAGACCACUGUGCGAACUGUCUUGGAUGUCAAAGCCAACAAAACCUUUGCCUAUCACAAAGAUAUGCCUUUAAUAUUUAUUGGAGGUGUGCCACGGAGUGGAACCACGCUCAUGAGGGCCAUGUUAGAUGCACACCCUGACAUUCGCUGUGGAGAGGAAACCAGGGUCAUUCCCCGAAUACUGGCCCUGAAGCAGAUGUGGUCACGGUCAAGUAAGGAGAAGAUCCGCUUGGAUGAGGCUGGUGUCACCGAUGAAGUGCUGGAUUCUGCUAUGCAAGCCUUCUUAUUAGAAGUAAUUGUUAAGCAUGGGGAGCCAGCCCCUUAUUUAUGUAACAAAGAUCCUUUUGCCCUGAAAUCCUUAACUUACCUUGCCAGGUUAUUCCCCAAUGCCAAAUUUCUUCUGAUGGUCCGAGAUGGCCGGGCUUCAGUACACUCAAUGAUUUCUCGAAAAGUUACUAUAGCUGGAUUUGACCUGAACAGCUAUAGAGACUGUUUGAUCAAGUGGAAUCGUGCCAUAGAGACUAUGUAUAACCAGUGUAUGGAGGUUGGUUAUAAAAAGUGCAUGUUAGUUCACUAUGAACAACUUGUCUUACAUCCUGAACGGUGGAUGAGAACACUCUUAAAGUUCCUCCAGAUUCCAUGGAACCACUCAGUAUUACACCAUGAAGAGAUGAUUGGGAAAGCUGGGGGAGUGUCUCUGUCAAAAGUGGAGAGAUCUACAGACCAAGUCAUCAAGCCAGUCAAUGUGGGAGCCCUGUCAAAAUGGGUUGGGAAGAUACCUGCAGAUGUUUUACAAGACAUGGCGGUGAUUGCACCCAUGCUUGCUAAACUUGGAUAUGACCCAUAUGCCAAUCCACCUAACUAUGGAAAACCUGAUCCCAAAAUCCUUGAAAACACUAGAAGGGUCUAUAAAGGAGAAUUUCAACUACCUGACUUUCUUAAAGAAAAACCCCAGACUGAACAAGUGGAGUAGCAGAUCCAGGAACAUUCUUCAUAUGUGAGGAAAGACUGCUGCCUUUUUAACGGACAGGAAAUUUCUAGGAGUGGCUGUACCCUGCUGGGAUGCGUGGAGUGUGUGUACCAUGGCCUGCAUUUCCUGCUCACUUGCCGUCCCCUCCAACUGCAAGGGUAGGGGGUUGGUGCACAUGUGGGCCUUCAAGUGCUCUGAUCCUAAGUACAUGCACAGUUCUAUGGAGAAGGAGCCUAGAGGGGCAUGUGCUUUCUGUUAAAACUGCUCUUGGCCUCAUCUUUUCUUACCAAAGUCCGAACUUUGUUUUCAAGGGGAGGGUGUAAAAAUGAGAUUCUGUAAGCAACAUUGAGCAGUUUCAUUUUAGAAUAGGUUGUACAUGUUCUAAUGUUUUGUAGAACACUGUGCCUGCCUGUUUAAAUGUAUUGAUGUGGAUAAUGUUAAAUAUUUUGAUUAUUUAAAUAAUUCAUUGUGUUGUUUAUGAGAAAUUGGGGAAUUACCCCAGACAUUUACAAUUUAAUGACUUUUGUAUUUUAUUUUUCAAAAUAAAAGCUUUAAAUG